AUGGCUUCGGCAAUACACGGGUUUGCCUUGGUUACUCCAGCGUCUCGCGGUAUAGGCUUUGCCUUCGCCCAACAGCUUUUGGCGCAAACCCACCUCCCUGUUGUGGCGACGGCGCGGAACGAAUGUGACGAAGUUCGACAAAAGCUUCUUUCUGGCGAAGGGCUACCGCCUGAUUCUGAAGGGAGGCUGGAUGUUCUGAAAGUGGACGUCAAAGAUGAACCCAGUAUAUCAUCAAUGGCUGACACAAUUCGCAAGAAAUAUCCCAACACACCCCUUCGUCUGGCAUUGACAAUCCCUGGUGUCUUGCAUGUUGAGAAAUCACCUUCUCAAAUCGACGCUGCUACUGCAUUGGAUAGCUUUCAAGUGAAUGCCAUCGGACCUCUAUUGCUGAUGAAACAUUUAUAUCAAUUUCUACCCAACAAAUCUGCACCUCCAUUUCCACCAUCGGAUUUAUCUUUGUCAAGGGGUAAAAUUGGUUUGAAUUUGCCUUCCCAUGCUAUCUAUGCCCUGAUGGCUGCUCGUGUGGGAUCAGUCUCCGACAACGCUUCGGGUGGGUGGUACUCGUACCGAGCCAGUAAAGCAUCGGUAUAUCAGAUCGCCAAGACAUUCGACCUGUACCUACGUGGGAGAUGUGCGGAGAGAGCACUCGCUGUUGCAAUGCAUCCGGGUACGGUUCACACAGAAUUCACGAAGGAAUUUUGGAAGGGACGAGAGAUGCUUGAGCCUUUGGAUGCGGCUGAUCUCCUCUUGCGAUUCCUUGCUCAGCUGCCACCGAGCUUUGAAAGUGGGAGGGGCAAAUGUUGGGAUUGGCAAGGCAAGGAGGUGAUUCCUUGA